AAAACCUAGUCCCAACUUUCACAGUAAACAACGUGAUCUUCUAGAAAAAUAGCUUGCUACUUUUUUGCGAAGGAGAGAGUUUGUGUGAAGGAAUGGAAAACAGCCUGCUUUUUUGCUCAAUUGUCAAUAUUUGGUAGGAUGGAGAAAGGCAUGACUGGAUGGAUGGUGAAGCAGUAAAUUGUGGUGUGAAAGAUAUUGAAAUAGGAAUGGACACUCUUGGUGUGAUUGCUACUGUGAUUGUUGUCAUUGCUACUGCGGUGGCAACACAAAUUGGCGAGUCCAUUCGACAGUGGCUCAUCGAGAACGUGGUUGAUCCAUUUGGUCAAUUUCUCAUUGAAAAACUAGUUAAACCUGUUGGACAAUGGCUGGGUUAUUCGUUUCACUACAGCAGCAACAUUGAUAAUAUGAAGAAACAGGCAGAGAAGCUGGGGGAGCUUAGAGAAAGGGUGAAACAUUGAGUUGAUGCUGGUAUAGGAAACUGCAGUGAAAAUAAAGCUGAUGUUAACAGGUGGUUAGAAAAUGUGGAUGUGAUUAUGGGGAAGGUUAGGAAAGUUCUUGAAGAGGAAGCAAAAGCAAAGAUUAAGUGUUCCUAUGGGAUAUGCUUGAACUUGAAGCUACGACAUGAGCUAAGUAAGAAAGCAAAGAAGAUAGCGAAAGAUAUUGAUGAAGUCUUGGAAAAUGGUGGAUUUGAUAAGGUUUCCAAUAUGGAUUACAUGAGCUUUAACUCAAGAAUGUCAACUCUGAAUGGACUUAUGGUGGCACUGGGAGAUGUUAAUAUCAACAUGAUUGGGGUGUGGGGGAUGCCCGGUGCAGGAAAGACUACACUUGUGAGAGAAGUUGUUUGGCAAGCCAAAAAAGAAAAGUUAUUUGACGAGGUCGCUAUGGCAACUGUGAUGCAGAGCCCAGAUCUAAGACAAAUUCAAGGAGAAAUAGCGGACAUGCUAGAUCUUAAGUUUGAUGACGUGGAGACUGUACCUGGAAGAGCAAUUCGUCUACGAGAGAGGCUAAAAGGAAACAAGAAAGUACUUGUUAUCCUAGAUGAUAUAUGGAAUAAACUUGAUUUGGAGGCGAUAGGAAUUCCUUGUAAUGGAUGUAAAAUAUUGUUGACAUCCAGAGAUAGAGAUAUAUUAUCUUGUGUGAUGAACACGCAAAAAAAAUUUGAGCUUGAUGUUUUAUCCCCUGAUGAAGCAUGGAGUUUAUUUGAGAAGAUGGCGGGUGAUUCUCUCAAAGAUCCUAAUUUGAGAUCCAUCGCAACGCAGGUGGCUCAAGUGUGUGCAGGUUUGCCUCUCGCAAUUGUAACAGUUGCAACGGCAUUAAAAAAUAAGAGUUUGUUUGAAUGGGAAGAUGCUCUACAACAACUAAGGAGACCCUCCCCUGUACACCUCACAGGAAUGCAAGCAGCUAUAUAUUCAAAAAUAGAGUUGAGUUACAAACAUCUUGGAAGUCCAGUGGUUAAGUCCUUCUUUUUGCUAAGUGGUCAAAUGAGUUCUACCAUUUUUUACAAGGACUUGGUAAAAUACUGUUUUGGCCUGUGUUUAUUUCCUGGCAUCCUUACAUUGGAAGAAGCUAGAAAUAAAGUAUAUACUCUGGUUCGGAACCUCAAAGACUCUUGUUUGUUGCUAGAAGACCCUCAUACGAGAGAGUAUGUCCGUAUGCAUGAUCUUGUUCGUGAUGUCGCCAUAUUAAUUGCCAAGGCUGAAAAUAUGUUCUCGAUGAGAAAUGAUGAUCCAGUAAAAUGGCCAGAUGAAGAUGCACUAAAAAUGUGCACAUCAAUCUCAGUUCUUGCUAGGGAUAUCCAUGAACUUCCUGACGGGUUGGUAUAUAUUGCUGUGAUUGGAGAGUUGAAAAAUCUAGAAAUUCUUAGCCUUAUUCAUUCCGAAUUUACAGAGUUGCCACAAGAAAUAGGUCUCUUGACUCAUUUACGGUUGUUGGAUUUGAGCUAUUGUACCAAACUUGAAGUGAUUCCACCCAACGUCCUAUCAAACUUGAAACAAUUAGAAGAAUUAUAUGUCCGUGAUAGCUUCGCUCAAUGGGAGCUUGAAGGAGUGAACAAUGAAAGAGCUAGUCUGGCAGAGUUAAAGCAUUUAUCUUUGUUGACCACUUUAGAAGUAAAUAUUCCAAAUGCGAACAUGUUGCCAAAAAAUUUGUUGUUUAAGAAGUUGAAAAGAUACCAAAUAUUUAUAGGAGAUGUGUGGGAUCAGUUUGGUAAAUCUGAAAGCUCAAGAGCACUAAAACUCAAGUUGAAUUCGAGCUUUGAAUUAGAGCAGGGGAUCAAGAUGUUGUUGAGUGGAAUAGAAGAGUUGUGUUUGGAUGAGUUAAAAGGUGUAAAGAGUAUCAUAUCCGAAUUAGAUAGCAAAGGCUUCCAACAACUGAAGCAUCUACAUGUCCAAAAUAAUUCUGAGAUGAAGUACAUCAUCCUUUCAAAGGGAUUGGGUAUUGCUGAUGUUGUCUUUCCUGUCUUGGAGAUAUUUUCUCUCAAAAACAUGAUCAACUUGGAAGAAAUAUGUCAUGGACAAAUUCCCUUGACAUCCUUUCGCAACUUGAGCAUUGUGAAAGUGGAACAUUGUGAGAAACUAAAGUUUGUCUUCUCAUCAUCCAUAGCUAAAAGCCUUUCACAACUUCAAACGUUAGAGAUAAGAGAAUGCAGCAUCAUGGGUGCAAUAGUCGAAAAAGAAGAGGGCAGAAUAGAAGACACAGAUAUGAAGUUGUUCCCUCAAUUGCGUCGCUUACUACUACAUUGUCUUCCAAAGCUCGUGAGCUUCUUAAGUACACAAAAUUCUGGCAUAAUUGAUGCUGGAGAAGUCAUUCCUGAAAGCGAGCUAAAUUUUAGCCUGCCAAUUCUACACAAACAGGUUGUGUUCCCCAACUUGGAAACGUUGGAACUGUCCUCUAUACACUCUGAAGAGAUACUACUUCACAACCAACAUCGGGCAAACUCUUCUUUCAAAUUAACAGACCCGAGAUUUCAAAAUUUGUAUAAAUUGAACGUGAAAGGCUCUGGCAAUUUAAAAUACCUAUUGUCUUCUGCUACAGCGACAUUUAUGGUUCAGCUCAAAUAUCUUGACAUUGAGGACUGUAAGGUAAUGGAAGAGGUGCUACUCACAGAAGACUUAGGAGAACAAAUAAUUCCAAAGGUGUUGUUCCCUCGACUUGAACACCUGAAUCUAAAAGAUCUUCCGGUCCUUAAAAGAUUCUGCAUAGGAACCAAUCUAAGAUUUCCAUCCUUGAAGGAUCUGUGGAUAGAACAAUGCCCUAAAUUGGAGUCGUUCAUAUUCAAAUCUGUUAGUUCAGGCAUGACAUUGAGCAAAGAAAUUAAGGAAGUGAAUUCGGAGGAGAUCUCUCAAACUGCCAUACAACCUCUCUUCAAUGAAGAGGUUGCAUUCCCUAGUUUGGAGACAAUGAGAAUCUUGCACUUGGAAAACUUGAAAAUCAUAUGGCAUGAUCAAUUAGCUGAAGAUUCCUUUUUCAAGCUUCAAUCUCUAUUUGUUGAAUACUGUGAAAAUCUUGUGAAUAUCUUUGAAUCUAAUAUUCUGACAAGAUUCCAAAGUCUAGAGAGACUUUACGUAGAAUAUUGUGGUUCACUACAAGAAGUGUUUGAACUUCAAAGGCACAAUGUUAGAGAAUCACAUGCUGUGACAGCCAUUCCGUUGAAAAGUUUGAUAUUGCGUCGUCUACCGAAAAUGAAGCAGGUAUGGAAUAAGGACCCCCAAGGAAUUUUCAGCUUUCAAAAUCUACAAGAAAUAAGUGUUUGGGAAUGUGAGAGUCUGCAAAGUUUGUUCCCAGCAUCUGUGGCUAGAUUUCUCAUGCAAUUGGAGGAUCUUCGGAUAGAAGAUUGUGGAGUGAAGGAAAUUGUUUCACGUGAAGAAAUUGCAAAAGCAGCAGCAAGAUUUGUUUUCCCUAAAGUAACUCUCCUAGUACUUCGUAAAUUGCCAAAGCUCAAGUGGUUUUGCCGAGGGUUGCAUACUUCAGAAUGGCCAUUGUUGAAAAAAUUGGAGGUGCGUGCAUGUGAUCAAGUUGAGAUAUUUACUUCAAAAAUUUUGAACUUUCAAGAAACAAUUGAACAAAGCCAACUAGAGACUUCCAUUCAACAACCCCUUUUCUUGGUUGAAGAGGGUACAUUAUUCCCUAACUUGGAGGUUUUGACAUUGAGUGGAGAUUUCAUGAUGAAGGAGAUACAACGUGACCAACUUUUGGAAGAGAGCUUUUACAAAUUAAAAGUCCUUUCCAUAGCCGGCUAUCUAGCUGUUUCUGAUUGGAUGAAUUUUCUAAAAAGAUUACACAGUUUGGAGGAACUUUUUGUAAGGCUUACUUCUUGGGAAGAAAUAUUCCCAUAUGAAGAACUUUUUGACCAGGAAAAUAAUGCUACAAUACUCACAAAACUACGAGAACUAGAGCUAUAUGAACUACCAACAUUAACACAUUUGUGGAAAGAAGACACCCAACCAAGCCCAAUUUUGUAUAAUCUAGAAAAUUUAAUAGUGUCAUUUUGUGACAAAUUGAAAAUUUUAGUACCAUCAUCAAUAUCUUUCCAAAAUUUGACAAAUCUGGAAUUACUAAAAUGUCAUGGAUUGCUUAACUUAGUUACAUCAUCAACAGCCAAAAGUUUGGUACAGCUCAAAAAAAUGAUUGUAAGUGAAUGUGAAAGGAUAACAGAAGUUGUAGUAGGAGAGGGAGGUGAAGCGAGUGAGGUGAUUACUUUCACCCAGUUGAUAUACUUAAAACUUGAUUCCUUGCCAAACCUUGCAAGCUUUUGCUCUGAAAGUUAUUCUUUCAAUUUCCCAUCUUUGGAAGAAGUAAUUGUGAGGCAGUGCCCUGAAAUGAAGACUUUCUCUUAUGGAGCUUUAGGGACACCAAAGCUAAAAAAAGUACAAGCAACACAAGAAGAUGAAUGGCAUUGGAAGGUUGACCUAAAUACUACCAUACAUUGGCUUACAUAA